AAGCAACGCGACGAGGCUCACGAGCCCGUCGUCAGGGAGAAUCCGAACCAGAACUCCAUGACGCAGGCUUUGGGGUGCUAUCCCAUCGUCAAGUCCGUAGCCGCGUCGCUAGACCUAAACACGCUCGACAACCUGUCGCGGACAUGUCGGCAGAUACGUGCAGGGCUGCUCCAGUAUCGUAAGCCGUUGCUGGUAUCGACCCUGCACUGCUCGCGCGAGCACCUCCCAGUUGACCCCAACGAGGCGCUGCGGUACCGCGCCAGGGCCAGCAACUGGUUUUACAUGAUCGAGGACGUCUUCCGCUUCAAGGACACCCCCAAGGCCGGCCAGUGCGCUCGGGAUAUGGUGGCCGAGUGUCGACGGUGCGGUACUGUUAUCUGCCGGAAUUGCGCCGUCAAGCCUCCGGCGCCCAUCAUCCUACGGGAUAGACAUCGACGUCUCUGUGUGCCGUGCACCAAGGCACCGCUUGGGUUGCUCGUCAAACCCCAGCUCAGGCCCGAGUUCUCACUCGCCUCGGAUUAUAUGGAGCGUGCCAUCUGCAAAUGUUCUUCUGAUGGUGUGUGGCUGUGCCAGCCAUGCGGAAAGUCUAUUCGCACCAGUGAUGGUGACUACAAUAACAUCUGGAGAUGGCGCUAUCAGUACACAGAAUCGCUCGGCGGGCUUGGGACUGGCAUUGGCGAAGGAGACCGCGGCGUUAUUUGCGGCCGCGAGGAGGAGUGCUGUGGCGGUCGCGAGCGUGAAGUCGUGACAGACUGUGAUGCCGAGGACGCGCGCGAGAUGGAACUGCAGCAGUCCGAGGCGCCCGGCGAGAGCGACAACCGGGGGCUUAGCCUCGAACCUAUAGACAGCCACGCGAGCAGCAGUGGCAGCAUCAGCAGUAGCAGCGCUAGUAGCAUUAAUGGCAGAACGCCGAGCCCCACGCUGCUGGGUCCGGGGUACGAGCGGCACGAGAUCGAGGGCAUCGGCGGCGUCGUGAAGAAGAAGCUAGUCCGGAUGGUCAAGAUUGGCGCGUGCGUGCCCGAGUUCGACGAUGAGCGCGUCCGCGGCGAGAAGCUGGGCCGCGAGAUUCGUGGCGAGCUGCGGAGCUGGUGUGGCUGGUGUUUGCGCGUCAUUCCCGGCAAGAAGGACUACGAGGCGUCCAAGGCUCGUGGGAAAGGG